GGGGCGUUCCCGACAUGCCCCGCGGUGGCCGCCAACCGCCGGAUUUGAAUCGCGGCAGCGCUCGGCGGCCGCGGGAUGGGCGCCCCGUCGUUGCCCCCAGCCUGGCAGCUGUAUCUCAAGGACCACCGCGUCUCUACCUUCAAGAACUGGCCCUUCUUGGAGGGCUGCGCCUGCACUCCGGAGCGGAUGGCGGCGGCCGGCUUCAUCCACUGUCCCACUGAGAACGAGCCCGACUUGGCGCAGUGUUUCUUCUGCUUCAAGGAGCUGGAAGGCUGGGAGCCAGAUGACGACCCCAUAGAGGAACAUAAAAAGCAUUCAUCCGGCUGUGCUUUCCUGUCUGUCAAGAAGCAGUUUGAAGAAUUAACCCUCAGUGAAUUUUUGAAACUGGACAAAGAAAGAGCCAAGAACAAAAUUGCAAAGGAAACCAACAAUAAGCAGAAAGAAUUUGAAGAAACUGCAAAGAAAGUUCGCUAUGCCAUUGAGCAGCUGGCUGCCUUGGAGUGACGCCUCCGCAUAUUUGCGGGUCCCACAGUGGGACCUCACUUCAAGCACCUUCCCCGGUGUUACUGACUUUUCUGUGGGGCCCCUUAGCGGUGCCUUAGGGAAGGAGGACGUCAGCAUUUUGAAAUUAGAAUAUUUAACCUGUAGUGUCGUUGUUCCUUGAAAGUGUUCCCAGGGGCUCCUUCGUUGUACAGCUGGUGCUGCUGAGUCCAGUGACGGAGUCUCUCUUUUUUCUUGGCUAGUUUUUGCUCUAUUGACAUGUCUGGGCUUCACGUUGGCUUGUGGCUGUCAAGCCCGAGAUUCAAUUCGUGAAUGUGAUCCUAGGUCCAUUGUGACUGGGCAAAGAAUUAAGGAUACCAUUUUAAAUUUUAUUUGUGUAAUAAUCUAAGUUUAUAGUGUGCAUUUCUGUGUUCCAAAUACUCUGUAUUAGCUCGCUUUGA